AUGACUCAAUCACAAGACUCUACCGCUGCACCAUCUUCAACCGGAGCUGUAUCGGCUGCGCAUAAGCCUGACCACACGUACUCAAACCACGGAAUGUCCUCAGGCGCACAGAACUCUGGGAACGAUCGCAUGUCGUAUCUGUACGACCGCGGUCCGGGCUCUGCGCCGCAAGAUGUGGCCGCCCGCCAGGCACGCAUUCUGGCCGAGAUACGGUCUGCUGAGGCUAUGUUUAGCCGACGCUGA